AUGACCCGUGGAGAUAUGGCACCAAGACCGGUGCACGUGGUCCGCCGGUGUUCAAUAUUGAGUUAUUUCAUGUGGGACAAACCCAGCGAAGGUUGCGAGGUGCACGCUUCAACUCUUGUUCAUGCGGGCGGAGCAAUGAUCAUUGUGAAGUCUGCUCGCGAAACAUGUCCCUGUUUGAUUUUGAUCAUCGACUACAGUUCGGUUCAUGUUGAUGGUAAUUAUUGGUGGCUCAACGUUGUCUUUGACAUGACUGCUACCAUUAUGCACCAACCCCGGUUCUCUCUCCCACCUUUUCAGUACCAUGAUGACAUGGUGCUCUCGGGAUGCCGCAACUGGAAUGACGGUGGGUCGAAAUCCGAGGCCAGACCGUCCUAUCGCGUAUUGUGA